AUGAAAGUCACUUUGGCAGAAGACACUGAGAAAAUACAGGAAGAUAUUAGCAGUGGUUUCCAGUGGGCAGUGGAGAACAUGACAUUCAGUGAUGAUAAGUUCCAUCUGCUUAGGCUGCAGGACCUUGACAAUGGUGGCGUGGGCGUGGGCGUGACCACACCAGAAGAGACUCCGAGGCGCCGGCGUCGUCGUGGUCCAGCAUCACCUGUGAGCGGCAGUGUCUCAGUGUCGGGAGCUGAGCCUCUGAAGACACCAGAGGUGGUACGUCAUGUGGUGUCCUGCCUCACAACACCUCCAGCCAGCCCACCAACUCAUCCGCCCACACAGCCCUCGCCGCCGCCCACACUUUGCCACCCGUCCCCACAGCCCACUGUCCCUGUCCACACUUUCCAGCCCAUCCAGCCUGCUCUAACCCAGGACACAACACACUCGGCGCCCUCCACAUUAGACUCACGCUCCAAAAGCACUCAUAAUGGUGAAACUCGACGUGUGAAUAGUGUACUUGGAGAACGGUCUGAAACUGAGGAAGGACACGUGCGCAAGGUGCCACCAAAACUUGCACCUCUGCGGAAACCAGAGAUUCCGGACGUACUGCGUCCGAAAGACACAACUGGAUUAGCCUCACCAGGCGUUGUCAAUACUCCACCAAACUCCAGGCCAUCUUCUGUGGUACUUGAGAAACCACCACUUGCUCCUGAAGGACUGAGGCCUGCAGUUAUUCGAUCUUCCCUGAGAAAGCUCUCAGAUACUGGCACUUGUUUUAUGGCAGCUCGUCGAGAGAAGCGAGACGACACAAAAGCCGAGAACAUCUUCCGAGAACUUCAACAACGACCCAAGAAGGAGAACAGACUUUCAAAAUCAGACAUGAAUCUGAAGGUUGAGUCGAGUUACUCUGGUAAACAGGGCGAUGCACUAACAUCAGGAGGCUCAGAUUUAGAGACCUCAGGUGCAAACUCAUCUCCAACAAUGUUCUCUUCAGGUGCUACAGUCAACUCGGAGUUGAUGAGUAGCCGUCUAGAAGCCCUUACAGCUCGAGCAAGAGAGACGUUUGAGAGGGUAGACCGUCUUGCUAAUGACAGUCCACCACCACUUCCGGAGACUAGCCCGCCGGAGGACAGUGCUGACAGUGUAGUUCAUGAAUGUGAGGAAUAUCUUACUGUGAAUGCUAGCCGAAAAGAGUCUAGCGGUGGUGUACGCCCUCGAGACACUGGUGCAGGUGAUGCCCGUAGUGACACGUUGCAGGCUCCAGUUGCCAUGAAAGGUAUUGUGUCUGACACGGGUCAGAAAAACUGGGUCGGGGGCUCUGAAGGACGUGGUAAAGAAAGUAAGCGGUUGGCUAUGGAAAAAGAAAUGAAUAGAGAUACUAAACAUGAUGUUAGCCAAGUAGCAGUACAGGAUAAAGUUACUGCUGCCUCCGCUGUGCCUUCAGGGCCCCCGGAUCAUGGUGCCUUUGUAAAUGACAAUGGAAAUUCUCCUCCUGAAGUAAUUUGUGAUCUUCAGCAGGAUGGAUAUGAAGAUGAAGACCUGGGUUCUCCUGACUCCUCCCAGAUAAGAAGCCCUGAGCACCUUAGCAGCAGACGCAGUUCAAGACGCUGUUCUCUAGAUGGAGAGUCUUCACGCACUAACUCACCUGAUCCUCAGUCUAUAUUAAAGCGACGAUCUUCACGUGAAGAUGUUACCACUGAGCGCCCUACAACACCAGAGCCACAUAGUAUAUUAAAACGUAAAACCAGCUCGCGCACAUCAAGUAUAGAUAUGGUAGAGGGUGAGCCAAGGCCUAUACUAAAGAAAAAGAGCAGCACAGAAGAGCUUGAUCAUUUUGAACCAAGACCUAUACUAAAGAAGAAGUCAUCCACUGAUGAUGAGUUGGAUGAUAGACCUCGGUCAAUCUUAAAGGGUGGACGCAGUAGAGAAGACCUCGACCGUGCUGAUGGUGUCAUAUCACCAAAUCCUAUUCUUAAAUGGUCACCAAGAUAUGAUAGUGAAGGAGAAGGGGAAUUACGCCCAAUUCUCAAAAGGCGGGAGACAACUGAUGGUGUGAGACUCAGACUCCAUGUGUCUGAUGGUGAGGAUAUGGAUAGUGAAGUGCCUAGUGUUAGAGUGAGAAGUGACUCUGCCCCUGAAGCUGUGAUACGUAUAAGGGGACGCUCUCCUCCAGCACCAUCUGCCACUCCUUCCCAUGGAAUUCUGAAGAAACGUGGGGCACAGUCACCAGGACGUUUUGAUCAGAUGGAUAGUGAACUAGGAGCCAUCCUGCGUUCUCGAAGAUCACUAGGGCCUGACGAUAAUGACAUUGAUAGUGAUAUAUCAAAUCGACCUGUCAGUCCAUGCCUUGGGGCACUGAUUAGAAGAGAUGAAUCUGCCGUGAGAUCAGGUGAGCGACCACUGAGUGUAGCAGAAAGGGUUGCUGGUAUGGAAGCAGCCAGACAGGAACCUCUUCCCCCACAACGCUCCCCCACUCCUACUCGAAGCCCUGGUGCCAGACCCAAGGUUAUGCCGUCCUUCCUUGAACGCCCUCCAACACCCAGUGACAAGGAGAGGGAAACUCGAAGAAACAGUGCCUUUGGCCUGGUAGCUGAUUCUUCCCCUAGUAACAGUGUAGAAGCUGUUAACGAAGCUUUUUUGGACCGUCCAGUAGUUGAAGCUUACAACAGUGCUAUGUCUUCUGGCUGUGACACCACCCCAGACACUCCUUCAUCAGUAUCACAGAAAGCUGCCUUCUUCGCACAAUUGGAGCGUGAGAAGAUCACAUCUGAUAGCACUCCCGUUGUUCCCAGUCGUAGCGCACGUUUUACCAGCAGAAGGGACCGAGGAACCAGAUUUGAGCAGAUAGCGAACUUCUUUGAAAUGCAUGCAACACAACCUGUAACAGAUGAUGAGGUGAGCCAAGCUGCAUUGUUGGCCGAUGCCUCAGAUUCUGCCUCGGCCUCUCACGACUCCGACUCUGCUCCUCCACGUAGAGGCUCACUGCCAUGGAAGAGUGGCACACCAGGAGAUUCUAGUAGCAGUCACAACAGCAUAAACAAGACUGGCAGCAGUAAUAGUGUGGGUGCCCGUGUAGCCCUGUGGACAAAGAGACUGGAGGAGGAGCGAUUAUCAGCUCCUACUCUUGACGGUGCUCAGGGCAUACGACAUCGAUCCCGUUCUGCACGCUUCAAGACACAACCGGUGACACUGGAGGAGGUGGCCCAUGCACAUGCCCUUAACAACCAGACCGUCAGCACCCCCACAGGAACCCCUGAGGAACAGGAACUAGCGAGUGGUUUCCGUGCUGCUCGUGAUGCCGUUUUAAGGAACUCUGCUGAGGUGAUGCAGGGGCUCACUCCGGGUUCUUCACCGAGACGACGCCCUGGCAGCAGGAAGACUUCACUCAAUGAACCCGAUGAUGAGUACUCAUCAGAUCCAGUGCGAGGUAUCUUGAAACGUGAUGGUUCUGGAGGAUCACGUGAGGCCCAGCGUGACAGCCCUCGAUCUAUCCUUAAGCACUCGUCUUCCGACUCUCGUCGUGCCUCCUUCUCAGAGUCAGAACAUCCAAGGGGAAUCCUGAAAUCUGACAGUCCAUUACCACCUUCGAUUGGAUCUCCAGAACAUGAGGCCAAACUGCUUAGGGGCGUACUGAAAAAGGAUUCAAGCUUAGAGACUCCAAAGAAAUUAAAUCUAUACUGAAACCUGAAUCUGAGAGCCUAGAACCAGAUCAUUCUUCAGAUUCAUCAUCAGAUGAUGUGACACUUACUACAGCUAACAACACUCCACAAGGACCAGAAUGCGAUAUAGCAGAAUCCAUCCGAGACAUUGAUCCUAUUCGACAUAAGGAUGACUCUCACAAGAGUGAUACCCCACAUAAGGUUGAUCCCUUUAAGACUGAACAUCACCGGGCAGAUCUUGCAGAAGCAUUAAGACAAGUUGAACCAAUCAAGUCCAAAGAUGACCUUGGUGAAGCCUUGAGACAGAUUGAACCAAUCCGAUCAAAGGAAAGAAGCAGAGAGAGGGAAGAGAAAGGGAAGGACGAAACACAAACGAUUAACAUUAGAGAAUUCUCGUCUUGCACCAAGGUCUCCUCUAACAUGACAACCAUGGUGACUACAACAGCAACAACUGUGUCAUCUCUAGCAGCUACAACAAACUCUUCAUCG